GCACCGCGCUGUGUCUGAGGAGCCAGCAUGGUGGGCCUGCGCCUGGUGCUGGUGGCGGCCCUCUGUGUGGCUCGGACCAGCGGCACCGACUACGGGGACCUCGUGCACCUGCACGGAAACGGCUGGCCCCUGGUGGACCUGUGGUCGAGACUGCUGUACGCCCGACGGGAGUUUGACCACCAAACACCUGCAGCGCACGGCCAGUCCAAUCCGCAACAGACUGGCAAGCACAGCGGAGAUCUGCCGGUUCGACUGGAGCUGGAGACGGAUGUCGACAUUCAUGAGCCGUCCCACCCUGACCUGGGGCUGGGUCCCGACCUCCAGGACCAGGCGAUCGCGGAGGCAGUCGGUCCGUACAUCACGCCGAUCGCCAACCCCGAUGCCAGCGCGGCUUGCCUGGAGGACAGUAUAGCGUACCUGAACCACAUCACCAAAGAACAAUGGGCCAUGCGGAUGUUUGACUCUACAGGCAAGAUGCCUGAUGGCAUUCUGGAGGGCAAUGUAAACCCGAUGGGCAACUGGGACGAAUGUCUCAACACCACAGCGUCCUUCAACGACAAGAGCUUCAUCGGGAAGUACUGUAUGGCGUCUCUCUUCAAGUCGGGCGAGUCGACCAGCCGCAGCCACCUGCUGCGGCGAACAGCUCCGGUAGCCAACCUGGAUGUGGCCCCGAUCCUGCCCGCACUUCCGGACGGAACGGAAGCCACUGUGGGUGUGUGCAUACCGUCCACCUGCACUGCCGAGGAGCUCACCCUGGGACUUGACAUCGCGCUACGGCGGCAGAAAGUUAGUGCAUAUAUUCCCGAUUACCUGUGUUACACCAGGGAGGACAAGACGGAACUCACGACCGCCGCCAUCGUCAUGAUCGUCAUUCUGUCCCUGACCGGACUGUGCAUGGUGAUCGGUACGGUAGUGGACCUCAUUGCUGUGCAAGCCGAGGACGGACCAGACUCUGCCUGGUCAGCCAUCGAUGCGGCAGCUCGGUGGAUUCUACCUCCCACCAUUCGACGCGUUUUCCUCGCGUUCUCCGUCUACACCAACGGACGCAAGCUUCUGGAUACCUCCUCCACCAAGGACACGAUAAACUGUUUACAUGGAAUACGCUUCCUCUCCAACACCUGGGUCAUCCUCGGACACAAUUAUGCAUUUGUUACUACAUUCAAAAGUCAGAACAUCCUCAAACUGUAUUCCUAUCAAAACGACCUUGCCUUCCAGGUGAUCGCUAACGCAACGGUGUCAGUUGAUUCCUUCUUUUUCCUGAGUGGCCUGUUGGUGGCGUACAUCGCUUCGCGCAACAUUGAAAGAGCCCGCGGCAGAUUCAACAUCAUCAUGUUUUAUGUACAUCGCUACAUCCGUCUGACGCCGGUCAUGAUGAUGAUCAUCGGAUUCAUAGCCACUUUAUACGUAUAUCUGGGUUCAGGACCGAUGUGGGGAUAUGCAGGUCUGGGAACUCCAAAAGACUGUCAAGACUACUGGUGGUGGAAUCUGUUGUAUAUUAGCAAUCUGAAAGAUAUGGACGUCCAGUGCUUGGGGCAGACCUGGUACCUGGCCAACGACAUGCAGAUGUUCAUUUUCUCUCCGCUGGUCCUGCUCCCGCUGUACCACUGGCCUGUUGUAGGUCAGCUGUGGCUCAUCUUCCUCGUCUGUUUCUUCACCGGUAUCAACGCCAUGAUUACAGCGAUCCACAAGCUAGGGCCAGAUGGACCUGUGCCUGGAGGGGACGACUUCGACCUGCGCUACAUGAAGCCGUGGACAAGGGCUGGACCUUACUUGGUGGGGCUGUAUAUGGGGUGGAUUCUGCACAAGAUUCGCGGCCGCAAGAUCCGCCUUCCAGCGCCUGUAGUCGCCAUCGGCUGGAUCACGGCUUCCCUCACCGGAUGCCUCAUUGUUUACGGCAUGUUCGACUACGACAGAGUUGAUGCUGGACAUGCGGACCCAUCCAAAACCACCAGCAUAGUGUACGCCAUGCUGAACCGCACCGCCUGGAGCGUCUGCUUGGCCUGGGUGGUGUUUGCCUGCGUCACUGGAUACGGCGGAAUCGUCGACACCCUUCUCUCAUGGAAAGCCUUCAUUCCACUGAGCCGGCUGACCUACACUUCCUACCUCGUGUCUAUCGAUGUUCAACUUUACUACUGGUUCACAAACAAGUCAGCUAUGUACUUGGACCAAACGCUCUUAGUCUACGUGUUUCUUGGCUCACUGCCGGUGAUCUUCACUGUCGCUGCCAUUUUCUCCCUGGCGUUCGAGUCACCAAUGAUAGCGUUGGAGAAGAUCAUCUUCCCCCAGCCGCCCAGGGCGGCAUCCCCCGCUCCUCCUCAGCACACGGGUACCGAGCCUGGGACAGAGGCGGCCGUGCCGGGUCAAAACGGCAAGAUCAACGCAGGCGUUGAGGAAGAUGUCGGCGCGCCACAAACAGAGCACACGCAGCCGUACUCUCUCGUGAACAAGGAGUCAACUGGGCAGGUCGAAGCAAUCAGCAAACUGACUACACUAGUAGCAACACCGGACUACCCCACCGUAUAAUGAUUAUAUACUGAUCCGCAGCAUGAUCCGCACGCCGCACAAGUCGGAGUCAGUCAUAUGGGAUGCCAACUGAACAAUUUAAAAGAAAUACAUGCGGCCUUAAUUUGGGUUCCUUAGUUCAAUUUUGCAGUUUUAUCUUCAUGAAUAUGUUUGUGUUUGCAAGCCUGUCUCUAAGGUAUGUAUGUAUGCUUAUUCUUGUUCAAUAAAAAUAUAACGUAUGAAACAUGACUGCUUAUUUCAGUGCGUUCUCGAAUGAUAUAGCACAACUUCAUCAAGCCAGGACAUUAGCGCGGGACGGGA